UCCCUCAAAUGAUGAGGCCCAAACUGAUCUUUAAAAACAAAACAAAUCUUUUAUCUGGACCAAUGUUUUGAUAUGAAAUUUAAAAAUAGGGAUUCAACUGGAUUUUGCUCCAUUUACCUUUUAGAUGCAACCAGCCUUGAAAGGCUGGGCAAGAUUUCCACAUGGAAACAAAUGCCCUGCACAUAGGAUGGGCACAAGGGGAGGAGGUCCAAACUCUGGAUCAGGCUUAGCUGUUGUUCUUCCUUUUCAGCACAUCCCUGUUUUAGCCAAAUGUUGCCCACGCAGAGAAUUGGGUUUAAUUCCUCCCAGUGGCUGAUUUAAUGUAGACCUGUUCUGAAAUAGUUGCAAUUCAGUUGGAAUUCAUAGGCAACAGAAUAUUGGUCAAAAUACGUCUAGAGCAAACUUGAUUGAAAAAUGGGGAGGUAAGGAGCAGUCACGUGACAUGGAUGAAGGGGGUUUGGCUUCAAUGCCUGGAUUGUGUUAAAAAAAAAUAAUUAAAACAGAUAAAGAAAACAGAAAGUAAUUGAAUAUAUAUUCCCAAACACUUCAUUUUUAUCUCAUUUGAGCCGUUUGACCUUUUGAUGUCUGCUUCUGGCCCGAGGGUGACAUAUUACACCUCUUUGCAUGUACUGUCAGCAUGGAAGCGUAAUGAAGCAUGAGAAAACCUGCACUGUGGCUGAUGCAAGAAUUUACAUUUUUUUUAUAUCAUGAGAAAGAAGGAAAGAUAUCAAAGUUCGCUUCAAAGAGCAACCGCCCUUCUCUCCCCCUCCCAAACUAAGACCCAGCAGAGCGUGUCACAGGCAGCAGAUGGCACAGCUUGUCAUGCAUCGCUAGAAAUCUUGGAAUCAUCUUCUGCUGUGAAGGGAAGAGUGUGGGUCUGCCUCUUCUGAAGCCCCAGCUGAGGGCUUCCCUCUGCACACGUGUCUUCAGCACAGCCAAGAUAAUGUUGGGAUUGCACAAGGUUGCCCAUGAGAUGUAGUGCAGAAGGAGGAUUUGGCAUCUCUGGGAAGAUACGUGGUCCCUUGUCAUGCCAUAAGAAUAUACACUGUUCCUCACCGCUUGCAAAGGUGAAAUGUAUCCAUUCUUCAUCUUUUGAGCUUUGUUACCCGGUUUGGAUAAGACAAACUCUUCCAGAGUGGCUAAAAGGGCCACCUGCCCUUUGCUGAUGGCUGUGCCUUUGCAGUGCUCAGGUGAGAUUGCUUUAGCACCGUUGGGUUCUCAAGAGGAAAUUCCUCUUUUAUCAGACAAGGCAGAAGGAAAGCUCCACAUUUUGCUGAGGGUAGGAGCACCCUCCACAGGUUUCUAGCUUUUGCCAUGAGGAGCCAAGAAAUGAGAGAUCUUGAGCCUGGUUUCUCCUACCCAGGCACCAAGAGAAGGGCUUGCUUCACCUUCUUCUGCACUGAAGCCAGUGUCCCACAGCUGCCAGCAUCCCAAGGUCCAUGAGACCAAGGUGACAUCAGGCUCUGGUUUCUCAGGGCUGCAGAAGAUGUCAAGGCUGGAUUGUGGCAUAGCUGGGAAGGGAAUGAUCCUGACAGGAGUUCUGUCAGGCUCUGCUAUCAAGGAUAUACGGGCAAGGGCUUCUGAAUGCCUUACGGAUGAGCUCUGUGAAGCUCUGCUUGUAAAUCACAGCAGGUCUAUCGGAAGUUGUAUCCCUCCUGACGAUGGUGGAAGAAGUCAGCUUUUCUAUGUGGGGUGGUUGGUCACUCCAUCUGUGAAGUACACCCAACCUAUGCUUCCCAUGGCUCCUGUGAGGCUCACUUACUGUAUAGCUUUUCUUUUAAAGAUGUGGAAGAAAGCAGAAGUCCUUCCUCAAAUUCUACAAAAAUUAGAAAUAAGGUUGCAAGAGACUCUCUCUGCUAUUACAAUACACAGUAACAUGGCCGUGUUUGGUUUUUCUCUCUGUUACUGUCCUGCCUCCUUGCUCUACUCCAAAACUGUUGAAGGACGUAUCAUUUUCACUAGUACACACAUUUCAGUGUUAGCAUUGUGCUAGAUGUGGCAGAGUACCCUGAUUUUUCUUGGCUUUCCCAGGUAUUUGGUAGCAAUUAGGCUUUGAGCCUCUUAAAAUGCAUGUUCAUUGCUUUACUAGUCUACUUGCUUGUGCAUACAGGAGAGGAGUUCGUACAGUGGCUGUACUACGCCUUGACUUGUGAUUCCAAACCAAGGUAGCCCGAGGUAUCUGAUUUAAUACCUCUUUGCUUACAUGGUAGAAACAUUGUCAUAGGAUUUCUCGUGCUGUAUGUCAUGUCAGUAAUUGCAUCCCUUGUGGGGAGUUCCUGUACAUGUCAAUAAUUUGCUUGUCCUAUUACAAGAGAGAAAUAAGGCAUGCAUAUUCCUCACACUUGUAAUUAUGGCACUUGGUGCUCUUUGCACUCCUGUGCUUAUGUUGCUAAGCAAAGGAUCAAACAUGACUUUUUAAAUUGAAUGGUAUUUUGCCACAUCCUCGCCCAAAUGAAGUAUGUUCUGGGAUCAAAGAUAAACUCCAAAACAAUGGUUGGCUUGUAUUUUCUGUCUUUGGUGUGAUGUGCUCACCCACUUCAUCCCUUUGAGCCAGAUCUUCUGGUGCUGCAAAAUGCUGUUGCUUUGAUAUAACCCAAGGGAGCUGCGUUGGUCUAUACCCACUGAUAUCUGUCCCUUUACGUCAACAGCUAACAUACAUACUAAGUCCCUGUCACGUGUGAAGAAAACAGAUGGCUCUUGUGUUGGAAAUAGCCUCACAUCUCAUUCCUUUCCUUGUUUUUUGUUUGUUCAUUUUCCCCUGUCUGUCUGUGUUCAGCUCCUUCCUUUUCCUCCUCCUGGUGCAUGGACCCAUGGCCCACACAGCAGAACUGUGUAAGAAGCAUUUUGAGUUUUCCACUCAAGAUACCUCAACUUGAUUUCAGUCAGAUUAAUUAACCCUUCUUUUCCCUUGCCACCCUUACUUUUGGUGCAUUAUGCAAGAGUAAAGUUUGCCUGGUGUAGAAUUGGGUUAUGAACCAGGCUGCCAUUAAGAACCCAUUCCAAAACUGGAUUGCUCCCCUGGCUUUGGAGGGAUCAAAUAAUUGACUUCCAGCUUCCAAACUGGCUCUGCCCUCCUCUUUCCUGAGAUGUUUACGAACCCUGUUAUUUUUGGACUGGGAAGGAGGAAGUGCAAAUAUAACGUGUGUAAAUAGUUGUCACCAAACAAUGUGCCCAGUAGCUUUAGCUGCACAUACUGCAAGAACGUCCUCUGAUGUUAACAGUGUGGAGCCCUGCUAAUAGAAAACAUCUGAUGAUACAGGUGAGAGCUGCAGCAGCACUCGGGUGGAGGCAAUUUGGUAUUGCUUGGUGAGUUAUGACCAAAUUCAGCAUAAUUCCACUAAAACAGCACCACAGCUGUUUGUUUGGAUCUGAGGGCAAGGGGCUCAUUUUCAUGGACAUGAGAAUUACACGCCUACAUUUGCAUUGAGGAGAAGAGACUUCUGCAAAGACUGAAAAAAAUCCCACCAACAUAUGCUAGACAGAAAACUUGAUCUUCCCCCAAAAUAAUACAGCCUCAGUGCAAAUAAAAAGCUAAUUGAUUUGGAACAAAGCCAGUUACAGCGAUUUUUUGCAGCGGGUAAAUUUACUGUGCAUAAUGUGCCAGAUUUUAUCUGUAUAAACAGAAACGGAUAAUUUCAAACUCUGCUAAUACUGCUCUGAAUUUUGCAUCUGAAUUAACACUUCAGUGCCACUGCGUGUCUGUGAGUAAUUUGGAGUGCUAGCGGGGAGAAAGGCUGCUGCUUUAUCCCCCAGAGGCGCGAUGAGCAAAGCCCCCUCGCAUGCUGCCUCCGACUGACUCCAGUCCUUUUCCGGGGAUGGGGGGAUUUUCUGAUCCUGGUAGAGUUGACCAGAUCGUUGGGAGAGGAUCCUCCAUGACUGACAAGGAUCGGACCAAAGGCCCAGCCGAAGGGGAGCUGCCUGAAGACCCCAGCAUGAUGGGCAGGCUUGGGAAAGUAGAAAAACAGGUUCAGUCGAUGGAGAAGAAGCUGGACUUCCUGGUGAACAUUUACAUGCAGAGAAUGGGUAUCCCACCAACGGAGACGGAGGCCUACUUCGGGUCCAAAGAACCAGACCCGGCCCCUCCCUACCACAGCCCCGAGGACAGCAGGGAGCACAUUGACAAGAACGGCUGCAUCAUCAAGAUCAUCAGGUCCACCAGCUCCAUGGGUCAGAAGAACUUCUCAGCUCCUCCGGCCCCGACCAACUCGUGCCCGCCCUCGACGUCGUGCCAGCAGCAGCCCUACCAGCGGCAGAGUCACGGCUCCUCGCCCGUUGGAGACCCUGGCUCGCUCGUCCGCAUCCCACCUCCGCCCUCCCACGAGCGCUCCCUGUCAGCCUACAGCGGCGGGCACAGGGCGAGCGCAGAGUACCUGCGGAACGAAGACAUUACCACCAAACACCACGAGAGUGCCCUGAGAGACAGCGACACGUCCAUCUCCAUCCCCUCGGUAGACCACGAGGAACUGGAGCGCUCUUUCAGCGGCUUUAGUAUUUCCCAGUCCAAAGAAAAUUUGGACAUCCUUAACAACGGUUGCUAUGCGGCCGUGGCCAAAAUCAGACCCUACAUUGCAGAAGGGGAAUCGGACACCGAUUCUGACCUCUGCACGCCCUGUGGCCCUCCUCCCAGGUCGGCCACGGGCGAGGGACCGUUCAGUGACAUGGGCUGGUCAGCCCCCCGGCAGUGAGGGCCCCGUGCAGCCUCAAGCCAUGGCUGAGUCCCGGCAGCUGCCCGCUCCAGCUGUCCUCGUGUCGAACUUCUCAAGGAGACGGACAGCUAAGGGUUUCCUCCAUCUAGGACAUCCUUAGCUGCUGGAUGCUUUCUUGCAGCUUACUCUGGGGGGCAAUGAGCAGGCCCAAGCCUGCGGGAGUGGAAGAGGUCACGGUGGUGAGCGAACUGGAGCCGUGAAGUCCGGAUUUCUUUCAUACUCUCUUUCUAAGAUCCUUAGGUGAAAUUCUUUCAUGGUGCAGGAUAGGCAAUUUGCAUUUCUUGGGAAUGUUCAGAGAUGUGGGGCAGGAAUAAAUCACCCGGCCAGGGCUUUUGGAGGUCACAUCAAGUGGUAGUAAGCAGUGUCACAUGGCAGUUGCCAUACCGUGGCACUGGUGAUUACACCUUUCAGUAUUUUGGAGUCGCAGAAUGAACACGUGUCAGUUUCUAGCUUAGAUUUCAGGUCGCAUGAAAAUUGCUGGAGCGAUAUUACUCUGUGGUUUGUCAUUAACAAUCAGGAAGAUGGGAGAGUUCCAAAAUAAUUCAUGUAAAUUUUGUACGUGUCCCUGGAGGAGUGGGACAGUGGCUAGAAUAUUUGUAUAAACAGAAGUGGGACAGGUUAGGGGAAUGCUCUGAACCAGCAUGGUUUAGAAAUUCUCCUUGUCCAACAGCUUAGGAAAAUGAAAAACUCAUAAAUACGAGCUUGAAUGCAAGAGCUGAGACAACCCAGGGAACACAGAAAUAAGACAGAGAAGGAGAACAAGUGACUGUGUGGCUGUAAUUUUAUAUUUUAAACCAUGUAUUAUCUUUAAUUAUCUCUCUCCUUCCAUUGACAUGACCUGGAGGUGCUUUGGAAGCAAAGGCAAACCGAAGGCAACCCCUCCAUAGGGUUGCCAUGGUGUAAAACUGUUCUUACGGCCAGCAGGGCUGUCGUGGAGUCACAGCAACAGCAGUCUGAAGGGAGAUAUGCAAGACGCUGCAGUUCCUGCAUUGCUGCAAGCUAAGUGCUGAGCUCCAUCCUUUUGAAUUCCUGUUGGUCAGAGCAGGCCCUUUUUUUACAAUUUGCAUUGUGCCUGAACACUUUUGCACACACUAUGCCCUGUGAAAAUCCUCCCUUUCUUCUUCUGCCCUGGCAAGAAUCUCACAUCCCUGUUCUCUGGACAUUCAUUGGCUUGUUUGGAUCUCUUGAGCUGAAUUAAGAGAUACUUCUUUGUUUCUUCAUGAACUUUCAGAAGCCUCUUAACUGUGUGUGCCCACAAGUUGUGCCAAUCCAAAUCUGCCCCAUUUUGUUGUUCUUGUUUGUCUUGGAAGGAUCAUCAUGUUGCUAUCAGGAAUUCCAGCAGUGUAUUCAGCUGGGGGAAGGUGAGGGGAAAAGUGAUGCUCAGUGUUUCUUUUGGGACCAAAAAAAAGCCACAAAGUGAUCUUUUACAUGGAUAGAGAGAUUUUUUUGCAAGAGAAUGGAUUAAAGUGUGCUUUGGGAUCCGUCUCCAAGCCUAGGACAGUGUUGUGCCUCUGAUGCCUCUUGUGUACCUACAGCCCAAAUCCUCUAUGUGUUUUUUGCAAUAGCCAGGGCUGUAUCUGAUUUUAAACCCCAUCUCUCCACUAUCUCCCCAUGCUGUACCAACAGCUUCUGAGGGUAUUUAGGUGACAGCUUAAUUUCUGCGUGGCCUUUGAGAGGUUGAACAUUGACUUGUUUGGGUUGAAGAGAGAAUCACGGCUUCCUCUCCCUGUUUGCUUGGCAGCAGCCAGGUGAGACCCAAACUGUUUUGGCCUUUGGGAAGAUGUGGGUACAUCUGUGAGCUUACAGACGGGAGGUAAAACCACCCUUUGGUAGUGCUUGGACUGCAGUGCAGGGCUCCACGUGGGAUCAAGGAGUGGGGGAGUAAUAUGAGUGUAAAAUAGCUGUCGAUUGUGCAGAUAUGGCCCUGCUGUGUUGCAAGGUUAGAUUCCUUCAGGUAGAGCAAGAUUUUCACCAAAUCAGAGAUAAUAAGCAUUUGCAAUCUUUUUUAUUAUUAUUAAUUUAUUUUUUUUGUUUGCUUGGCAGCUACUUUUUGAGACCUGCUGGAAAUUUGGCACAGAAUGCUCCAUAUAAGGAUGAGGGUGAUGAUUUGUGGUCCUAUUACAGCAGAGAUGUUUGCCUGGUCUUAAGCAUAGGUGACAAAGCCAAUAGUACUUCAAGGCACAAUUUAAGUGGAAUGUAAUUUUCAUCAUGCCCUAAAUCUGAAGCUCUGUUGGCUCUGAUUUGAAUGUGCAUUUCCCAGUUCUUAGUGCAAAACCCCUUUCUCUUGCCCAGCUGAUGUUAUAUCCUCUAACACAGGUAAUGCCAGUGUGUCCUGAGGAGAAUUAGUUCCACUGUGUCUACUGUAAGUUUGCCACAUUGCAGUCCUUUACCUCCUUAGGGACUACAUAGGAAGAAUUGUGAGCCCCUCUUUAGACCAAAGUCUAUAAAGAUUUCCUGACUUGUAGCUUUAAAAUGUUUUACUUCUGUCCCCCAAUCACAGAAAGCAAGUUUUAUGUCUGUACAGCAUAGAUCGUAUCUUACUGCUACAAAUUUUGUCAAGAAUUGUUUGGAAGAGAUAAGCAAUGUGGCAUUCUGAUCCAUAGCAUCAUUUCAAAGAACUUCUGACCCCUUCGACCAUAGCCAUCCCAUAAAUCAGCAGUUCUUGUUCAUCCUGGCAAAAAGGCUUGACCUGGAUUUUUGGGUUAACUUUAUGCCAGAAUUGAUUCCAAAUAAUGCUCUUAUUUCAAAGAAAUGAUUCAUGGCUGUGUGAAUGGGAACAGAGCCUGCUUUAACUAAAGGUUUCGUUCUUUAUCAGCAAAGCUCCUUGCAAGGCCUUCACUUUCAGUCCCUUGAUUUCCCCUGCUCGUAUCACACACUCCUGGUGAUAAUCUCCCCCCAGAAGUCUUAGCUACCAGGUUAAAAGAAAUAAAUUAAUUUUACUUUGCUCAUAAGGCAGUCCCAGAUAAAGACUCUUAAAAUGAUGUGCAGGCCAACUUUGUCCUUUUGCUGAGCCUCUCCUGGGCUGUCUUUGCUCCCCUAUUCCUCCUGUGUUUGGUUUCUUAUUUUUUGUCAGACCCCAAAGGACUGAAAGAAGCUUCAGGCCAUGCUAAAUGUGAACACAGGAGAGCUGAAGAGCACUUGAAGGCCCAAUUUCCAGCAGGCUAUCUUGAACUGCUCCCGAGCUGCCCGUGCCCACGUGGACACAAAUUCUACAGAUGACUCCACCUGCGGGAUGGGGUAAUUGCUGACACACUCCCUGCCAAGAGGGAGGUCAAGUUGCCUGAGAUAUCUGUGACAAGAGAUGUGGCCGGAGAUGCUGCAGGCUCCAUGCAGGUGGCCUUUCCUAACGUGACUCUGAGACAUAAGAACAGAGCACUAGCCAUAAGUCGCAUUUCCCAACAUUUGGGAAGAGACUUUAAUGUUACUCCAGUGCAGAUUUUGUAUGUGAAUUUCCUUGUUGACUCAUUUUCUUAUUAAUAAUUUUUAGAACAAGAAUAUCAAGGAACUCACUGAAAAAAUAAAACAAAUCCUGUUCAGCUCAGAAAGCCAUUACAGUUCUUUAGUCAGACUAUGCGAUAGAUCAGGUUUUCUAAAAAUGUAUUUUGUUUCAGACGCUGCUUAAUAAUUCCAAACAAAUUCUGCGGGGCCAUUGCUCUUUACAGAUAAAUAGGUAUAUUUUUACAUUUUUAAUUGAUUUUUAAGAUUUUAAAUUGAAUUUUUAGAACAAGUUUGUAUAAUCUACCUGAAAAAACAGAGCAUUGCUGCAGAUGCAAGUGCUCCCCUCCCUUACUGUUACCCAAGAGAAAGGGAAGACAUAUUUCUUCCUUCUUUUCUCAGGAGGGAGCUACUGCAAGCCUCAUUUCCUUUAUAUCCUCAGACCAUUGUGGUCACAACAACAUUACUACGAAACACAAAAUGAAAGCGUUAAAAGAGAAACUGAAGUUUCAGUCCUGCCAAGGCCAGAGGAGGAAACGUGGGGUCAGGUUCAGACACCUCGCUGGGGCCAGGUGGACACUCGGAUGGUAGCACUGAGGUGAGGUUUUCUUGUUUCUCAGCCAGAAGGUCUUCCUCUUGCCUGAAUAGCAACUGCUAUGGCCUUGUGAAAAAUUCAUCUUAUGGAAGACCAGAAGAUGAUACUGGCUUGCCUCAGGACUCCCCUUAUAAGAAAUUCCUAAGGAAUAUAUACGAGUUAUCCCAUAUAAAGGCCCGUAGCACUGAGAAUUACUUUGGGAAUGUUAAAAAGCCCAGGAAUAGAGUAAGUCUUUCUGUUUCUCCACCCACACUCAUGCAAGCCUUCAGGUUGGGAGAGCCAUCAAGCUCCCAUCCUUUCCUCCCCAGACACUGCUCCUGUGCCAGCAGUGCUCCGAGCCACAACUGCACACCCUUGUCCCUUUCUGUUUUGAUCAGCUUCCUUUCCAUGUAUGAGGAACAAGGAAAUCAGAUACAAAAGCUCCUUCACCUGCAUGUAACAUUGAGGCUGCGACAUGGAAGGAUGUGGCCCUGGGGUGUAAAAGCAAAGUUCUGCUUUUAGCACACAAACCUUUCUGUCUCACAGCGCAAAAGCUGCUUAGGGCAAGGGCUGUGGGUUGGUUGGUUGGUGUCUUUUUUUUUUUUUAAACAAUAACAAUAGGGUUUUUUAAAUAAUAAUACGAUAAUAGUAAUACAUAGGAAUCUUCUUUAGUAUACCUUUAGUGUUUGAUGCCCCAGUGACACAAUACUGCUUGCCUUAUAUUAGUGUCUAGAGGGAGAGGGACUACACACGUUUUGAUACCGUAUUAAUCACGCUUGUAAUUUAGGCAGCCCCAAGGAACGGCAGCUGCAGGAGGAGCAGCCGGGUCCUUUUUAAUGUAUGAAUGUGCUUUCCAGCCUAUCUCACUGACUGUAGUCUCAAUUUUGCCUGCUACUGCAUGCAGCCUGAGAUGAGUAGACAGCAAUACGCUCCAGCUGUAUCUGCACUCCCAGAUUGCUGUAGUACCUGGAGAGGGGUGAUGUAGCUAAAAGUAUCUUUCUGGGAAAAGGCCAACCUCCCAGAGACCCAUCACGUAGGGUGCUGCGGUGCUUCUGUAGGUAACACUGAUAUACCAAGUGUCUUUCAUGCUGCGACUGAUCAUUGCCUCAUCCCUCCGAUACAGCAUGCACAAACACCACUUCUUCUACUUGUUAAUAAGGAGUAAAAAACACACGUUUGUAACCUGUGGGCCAUUGAAAUGUGUAUAUGGGGAGAAAAUAAGGAAAAAUAUGUGAAUUUUUUUGGCUGUGCAUAACAAGCUCCUUUCCACCCAAAUGCCUCUGAAGAAGAGCAUCCCAGAUAGCUCUUCCCAAGAGCAUGGAGGAGCAGGCAGAGCAGGGCAGGCGCUGCCAAGGGCAAAGCCCUGACCUUCAUUUAAGAGAUGCCAUUUGAUCCCACAUGUGUGGGACUUGCCAUGUUUAUCAUUCCCUUAAGGCUCUCUGGUGUACACGUGCAUUGUGCCUGCAGCCAAGCCCAAGGGGCAGGGGAGAAUACAACUCCCAGACUUUGAAAACACUCCUUGGAGAUUUCAUUGACAGCACUUGGGGAUCCUGGGAACCCUGCAGCUGUGCCAUAUUAAUAUUUCACAUAAGCAUUUCUUACUCUCUUUUUGGAGGGGCACUGAGCUGCCUUCAUAUUGCCAUAAAAGUUUUGCCACUGCUAUCACCUGCCAUGAUAGCAGACUCACAAGGCCUUCAGGAUUUGCCCACAUUGCUGGUGUUUGAAGUCUCUUGUAUCACUUGUGAUGCUGCUGCAAUCAAGUUUGCCAUUGUGUCUUUGCAUUCCUUGUCCAGACCACAUACAAGUGAACGUGCAGUGCCAGAACUCUGCUCUGAGACUUUCUUUUGGCCUGGCAUCUCUAGAUGUCCCAAAGAGCCUUUAUGUCCUGUUAGCACGACAGUUUUGCUUUUUCUUUGUCAUUUAUUUGCUUCCUUGUUGAGCUUCCAUGGCCUCAGCACAUCCGUGGUUUGUUCUUCUGGAGCCUUCAGUGCAGGGAUGGAUGGAUGGGGUCUGCUUUGCCCAUUCAUGCAGCACCCUGUGAGGGUUUGUCCCUUGUUUAGAGCAGACUGCGGGGAAAUAGGGAUGGGGGUUGAGGUCUGGUUUUUGUACCAAAUUGAAGGUCUCAGAGAAGAGCUCACAGACUCCAACAGUUGUUGAUGCUUUUGCUCCCUGAAGCAAGAGCUGCUUUCCCCAGCCCCCUUCAGCAGUGCGCAUAUGUGGCUUUGCAUGCCAGCCUCCAGCUUGGUAACAGGGAGACUUUGAAAGCAGCUAGUCCAAGCUGUGCUAUUUCCAAAGCUGCUGGGGAAGCUUGAAGCUUCUUCCUCUCUCCUCAUUUCUGCAAAUACAGCCUCGGAUGAAUUGUUCAAGCAGCAUCUGUUUGCCUAGUCCUGAGAAACUUGAGCUAACUGCAGCUACAAAGUUUUCCAAAACUCAGUGCCAAGCUCGGGCUAGAUUUCACCUGCAGCUACGCCUAUAAUUCUAGGGCAGGGUUAGUGAUUUCAGGUAGGAGUCAUGCUAAGCUCUCCAGUUGGGAUGGUUCUGGCCCAAAACCAAGGCUGAAUGUCUUGCUGCCGGUGAAGCCUGCCCUGGGCUUUCAGCUCCGUGUGAUACUGCUGAGUGCGGGCCUGAGGAUCACUCCCUCCUUCCCACUUUGCACAAGGAAAGCUUGGCACAAACCUUGCGAGCCAAGAUGAGACAAUGCCUCUGUAUUUCAGCAUGCUGUGAGCACCUCCCACUAAGGCAGAAGCGGUGUUUCACUGUAACCUCUUGAAUCUGACCAUCACAGAGAGCAUCACCCAGUAUUUCACAUGCGCAGUGAUGCUCCUGAAAGGGAUUUAUUGCAGAUGUGAGUAUAGAGGGCUCGUUCCUCUAGCAUCUUUGUAGACAUUGAGUUCAGUUCUUGCUGAUGGAAAACUCAUCAAUGCUGGUGACAGAUCUCUUCUGUCCUAUUCACGCUGGUCCAGCAUCUCCCCUAGAGCUGAAGCUGCUCCUGUCUGUGGGUGGGACAUGGACCAUUCUGUGUUGGUUACUCUUCCCCACUACCUGGCUCCAAACCCUAAAAUUCAAAUUAAGAUUUUUUUUUUCUCCUCCAAAAAUGACACCUGUGUAGAAAACCUGAGACUUUCAGGAUGCCGGGGGCAAAACAAGGUACAGCUGAUAAUUACAGGGAUUUUGUUAUUUUAAAUCACGAGCAGAUUUUAAGCAUAAUUGCAGUUGCUGUGUGGUAUAUCAAAUGCUUUAGGAGACUCAAUGAAUUAUUCUCAUAAAUGUUUUAUUCUUUUAUCAGUAAUUUGUAUAAGUGGGUGCUACUGCUCUUCCACAGCAAUGCCCCUUAAGCUAAAACUGUCUCCUUCUCCAGUAUAGCCAUUGUAUGUAUGAAAUUUAUCUUGCUUCGUGUCAAUUUGGCACAGUACCCACAUGUACUGCACACAGAUUGCACAUCACACGCACCUGGCUGAUAGCUGUCCUUAAUCGUAAUAGGCCAGACAAAGCAUUACCUGUCUGGUUAGUGGUGUGACUCAACAUAAGUGGCACAAGGGGAAAACAAAGAUCUUAUUUUGUUAAGAAAUACACCGUAUUGCAAUGCUUCUUUAACCAGAUUUUACCAGGAAACCAAACGAAGGGAGAUUGUUUCUGCAAUGUUACUUAAAGACAGCGGAACGAAACCAAUCAAACAGCUCUAGAACACUUCACUGCUGUAUUUCUAUGUAUUCUUCACUGCUGUUCAUCUGAACUGUAAAUUCUGUACAGAUUGAAUGAGGUUCACAGUCUGUCAUGACCUGCGAGAUAAAAGGACAACACGACUUUGGCUGCAGCUGAUGUCUGUUGUUUGCACACAUGCAUAUCUUGCUGUACGUGUGUGUAUGCAGACACAUGCACAUAUAAGCUUUAAGGCAGAAACAUUUGCAUCUGAGAUGCAUGGGGGAAAAAGAAAUUCUUUCUUUAGUGGCAGGAGAGUAGGUAAAACCAAAAUAAGAGACUAUUUUGAUAGCAUUCCUAUCUAAAAUUAAAUCUCCAAUUGUCCCUAUACUGAGAUUUCAAUGACCUUAAACAAUUUCCCCUAUAGGAUUUAAUUUUGCCCAUAAUUUCACAGAUAAGAGAUUGGAUGGAACUUAUUCUUCAGUGUUCAGUGUAGUAUGAAGAGCUAACCUUUCCAGCUAAAUGUUGUUGGAUGCCAUUGAAAAAAAAGGUAACUAAAUUUUUACCUGAGCUGAAAUUCACCUCUAGUUCCGAAAUUUGUAAGAGCCAUUUAAAGGUACCACACCAAAGGUAUGCUCACUGCUGGAACACGUCACCAUUUCCCUGAGAUACCUUGAAGCUAUCACAGUUUACAGCAGGAUGUGGCUCCUUUGGCCUUAAAAGGGCCAGAAAUGGUUCGUGCACUUGUCCUGAGGAUGAGCAGAGAGGUGAAUUUUGUGCUGGGAUGGGCUGCUCUCACAUUGCAGAGAGAAGGUGCUGCACAUACUCACCUCCUGCUCAUCAAAAUCUCAGGCUCCGCUGAGCACCGAAGUUCGGUUGUCCUUUAGAAAGCAAAGGCAGCUGCUGCUUUGCUUCCUUUCAUUUGCUCUGUUGCCUUGGCUUUUUUGCACUUUUGUUUCAUCUCCAAAGAAUCUCUCAUAAUGCCUUUGGUACUUCUGUACAACUUUCGAACGUUUUGUAUGUAAUUGAAUGGUACACACUUUCUCUUGUAAUAUAGCAAUCGGACUUUUUUUUGGUGAAUGUGUAAUUUCCACUGUACAUUUCCACCAUGACUUCGUGCAAUGUACAUUUUCUAGGGACGGAUGCCAAGGGAACGACCUGUAGUUUUCUAAGGAGCAGAAUGACACAGACACAGAUGGUUUCACAUUAGCACUGCAGAAGAGCAACGUAGCCCAGGCUUUUAGCAUUGAGCAUGACACAGGGUGUACCUUCACAUGGAUGACUGUGACAGCUGCAAAACUGUCUACGUGUGAUAUUAGAAUCAGCAGCGAUGGUUGCAAUCAGAAGGGAAAUGGAGGAAAAUUAAAUAAUCACACUCAUUAAUUUAAGCCUCGAAGCAUCAGAAUGGAAAAUUUGCAUUCAGUAAAAUUACCAGAGAUUUAACCUUCAUGAGAUGAAAUACACAUUUAUUUUUC